AGCGGCGGAAGGUCAGCGCUCAAACGGAAGUGAGAGUCAGAGCCCAUCCGCCAUUGUGGAGCAGAGCAGGGGUAAUAUUCUCUCCAGACGUUACACAGUGUGUGAAUGUUUUACAAUAACUUAAAUACACCACACAGCCGCCAAGCUCCCCAAACCGUUUGACAUUCGCUGUCACUGUCUCCCGAGAGGACCGCUGCCGACCGUUUGAGACCAGGCGAGGAGAUCAACGCCUGAGAAAUACGCUGUGAUUAUAGGGCAACCCGGAGAGAGGAAAAAUAACGCGAACCCGCAGCGGUGGCAGGAGAGACCGUGGACAGUCAUAACAGCGAUCAGCUCGGGCUCCCGGAGGAUGUCUGCGACAACUGUCGAUCAGAGACCUAAAGGACAAGGAAACAAAGUGCAAAACGGUUCGAUGCAUCAGAAGGAUGCUGUAAAUGAUGAUGACUUUGACAAUUAUCUGAGCAGCCAGACAAAUCAGAGUAAUAGCUACCCACCAAUGUCUGAUCCCUACAUGCCAAGCUAUUAUGCUCCCUCUAUCGGAUUCCCUUACUCCUUGGGAGAGGCUGCUUGGUCCACCGCGGGAGACCCGCCUAUGCCGUACCUGACCACAUAUGGACAGAUGAGCAAUGGUGAGCAUCACUUCAUUCCCGAUGGAGUCUUCAGCCAGCCUGGUGCUUUAGGCAACACGCCCCCUUUUCUCAGCCAACACGGAUUUAACUUCUUUCCCGGAAAUGCAGACUUUUCCACCUGGGGCACUAGUGGUUCUCAGGGACAGUCUACACAGAGCUCAGCGUAUAGCAGCAGUUAUGGAUAUCCCCCGAGCUCGUUGGGCCGGGCCAUUGCUGACGGACAGGCCGGAUUCGGCAGUGACACGCAACUUAGUAAAGUUCCAGGGCUCAGUAGUAUCGAUCAGGGAAUGGCCGGGCUCAAGCUUGGCUCCGACAUGUCGGCCGUUACAAAGACUGUCGGGUCUCCUUUAGGAGGGACGCCGGGUAUGAGUAGCAUGGCUGCCAACAGCAUGCCGCCUGUCAGCUCCUCUGCACCAAAACCCACGUCGUGGGCGGCCAUCGCAAGAAAACCCGCAAAACCACAGCCCAAGCUGAAGCCAAAGCCUAACAUGGGUUUGGGAAGCGGCGCCACGAUCCCUCCUCCGCCGAUAAAGCAUAACAUGAACAUUGGUACCUGGGAGGACAAAGGCUCCAUCACCAAACCCCCUCUUGCUCAACAGAUUCUGCCCCCUCAGCCGUUGGUGCAGCAGCAACUCUUGGCCCAACCUCAGCCCAUGCUGCAGAGUCCAUUGCCUCCUCAACCCCAACAUCAGCAGCUCCAGCUACAAUCUCCUCAGCACCCUCAGCAGCUGCCUCCAGGUCCUCCCCACCCUCACCAUCACUCGCAACCAGGUCCUCCGCAGCCCCUGCACCCAUCUCAGGUGCAGAAUCCCCAACCCCAAAAUCGCUGGGUGGCCCCUCGGAACCGAGGAACCACGUUUAACCAGAACAGUGGCAUGGAGAACUUUGGCCUUGGGACGGGAGUCCCCAUGAGCUCGUCACCUUCUUCCGGCGAGGUUCACCCCGUGCUGGAGAAGCUCAAGGCCCUCAACAAUUACAACCCCAAAGACUUUGACUGGAACUUGAAAAACGGACGGGUCUUCAUCAUCAAGAGCUACUCUGAGGAUGACAUCCACCGCUCCAUCAAGUACUCCAUCUGGUGCAGCACAGAGCACGGAAACAAGCGCCUAGACGGCGCCUACCGCUCGCUCGGUGCCAAAGGUCCACUGUACCUGCUCUUUAGCGUCAACGGCAGCGGACACUUCUGCGGCGUGGCUGAGAUGAAGUCAACCGUGGACUAUAACGCCUAUGCCGGCGUCUGGUCCCAGGAUAAGUGGAAGGGCAAGUUUGAGGUAAAAUGGAUCUUUGUUAAGGACGUGCCCAAUAACCAACUGAGGCACAUUCGCUUAGAAAACAAUGACAACAAGCCUGUCACCAACUCCAGGGACACUCAGGAAGUGCCCCUAGAGAAGGCAAAGCAAGUGCUUAAAAUUAUUGCAACUUUCAAGCAUACCACCUCAAUCUUUGACGAUUUUGCACAUUACGAAAAGCGGCAGGAGGAAGAGGAAGCAAUGCGAAGGGAGCGAAAUAGAAAUAAACAGUAGGUUUACAGAGAUCUCCUUGGUAGAGCAUCAACACUAAUGAUGUAGAACCUUAAAUAUUGUGUAACCUCAGAGGAAGAACGGGGUUCUGACGUAUUUUAUUCUGCUGAAGACGAUGUACGAACACCUAAUCAAGACAGUGGACUUUUCUGAGUCAACUUCUGAUGGAUCUGCCCUUACGCUCAAGUCUCGCACGAAACAGAAAGAAAAUCACUCACGUAAACUGUAUCUUAAAGCACUUUCAGCCCUUCUAAAAGCUUCUGCCAGUACCCUUAACUAUCAUUGGACAUCUGUUUGGUAUUAACUGACUAACCAGUGUAGUUGGUCCUGAGGAUUUCAAAUGUAUUUGUAGGCUUAUUGUUUAGUGUUUUGUUUGUUUUUGUAAAUCAUUUUCUUUUUAGCGCUCUUUACAUUUGAGCACACUCAGAGGAGACGAGAACUAUGUAUCCAAGGAAAGACAAAUCUUUACUUGAAUUUGCGUGAAGCUGUAAAAAAACAUAGAGGCGCAAAAGCUUGCGUCCCACCUGACUGAAACCCAAGUCAGAAUAAUCACGUCCGAUAUUAUAGACUGACUCCACAGUAGCCCUUUCACCUUUGUGUAUCAGCAUCUAUUUCUGUGUACCAAAAGAUAAUUUUGCAGCUUGGUGCAGAAUGACACCAGCCAAUGCACAUUUUUUGUUUGUUUGUUUGUUUUUCCUGCAAUCUUGUAAUUCAAAAGUGCAUUUGUCUUAGGAGAAACCUGCUCAAAAAUGCCAUAAGUUCCUCUGAAGUCCAUCAUCCUCAGACGUAACCAGGCCUGGUGUUCAGGAAAGCCUCUUUAACGCUUUUUUGGACUGAUCAGGAUUCUGAUCUGCUGCUAAUCAGGAUUUAGUCCGAAUUGCCGAAGCUCAGCGAGAAUGUGACAGUUUUCUCCUAUAGGUGACUCGCUAGCUAAAAUAAACAUUAUACAUGUUUAGCGAUGCCACGUUUUGAGUUUUUCAUUUCAGAAUGUGCCGUUUACUCCUUUAUUUAACGGGCGCAAGAUAUUGUCCAAAUUCGUAUUGCAUGAGAACUUUUGGUUUCGCUGUUUGCAAAUAUAUACUGAGCAUUAUUCAGAGGCCAUGCAAAUGAAACAAUUUAUUUAGGUCUUGAGUAUAUUGAUUGAUUGAAUGAUAAAGUACUAUUGUUGCUAUGGCCUGACGUUAUAGUCUGAAUGUUUCCCUGCUUGGGUCCAGAGGUGCAGGCUGCCGGUGUCUUGAGAUCACACUCCCACCGUAAGACUUGAUCUUCUCAAACAUCUGUGAGUAAUGCAAAGUAAUUACAGUCUGCUAUUUCCUGUUUGUUCACUGGAAGCUGCCUUCUCCACAGGCCACUUUAGGCUGCUCUUGCUUCAGGAUGAUGUGGGUAAGAAGAACUGGACCCAGUGAUGGAACAGGCAUCACAUUUUGGGUUCACAUUUAACAAUUGCGGGAUGAUGUGUACUGCUGCAAAAAGAGACGCCUUCCGCCCCCUUCCUCUGUGUGCUUUGGUUUAAGGCCAUGCUUGUAUAGGUUACUGUAAAUCAAUGCUUCUUAAUGAUGCUGAUGCUAACAGGUAUGAUGUGAUUAAUUAAUCUGAUUUGAAAAAUAAAUAUAGAUUUAUGGAAA